CGGUUGGGAUCGACAAGGAAGCGACUCAGCGCGAGGGAGGGUUUCCGAGUGCGGCUGCUUUCUUGGUCUACGACGGCGAGAGCGGAGCAGCAGGACGGAGCGAGAGGGCAAUGGGGGGCGGCGCCGCUGAAACCACUGGCGGUAGUGGCGGAGGAGGAGGGGGUUUUAAGGCUCGGCUGGAGCACUACUUAUAUAGCGGCGACAAGAAGCACGUCUUCGCUGGCAUCGCCGUCAUCUCGGCUGUCUUCGCCGUCCCUUGGUUCCUUAUGAAUCGAGGGACAAGGCAUCAGUCCCAUCAAGAUUAUAUGGAGAAGGCUAAUGAAGCACGGAGUGAGCGGCUUUCUUCCGGUCAGCCAACUAUCAAGUAACCUGUUCACACGGGUGACAUAUCAUCGUUACUGCCUCUUUUUUACUUCGUCAUCAGACUGCAUGCAUGCGUAAUCAAAUCUUAGGUAGGGUAGGGGUUGUGGAUCAAACUCUGCAUUGGCGGUAUGAAUCCGUACCUGAUUCAGGAUGGAUGGAUGCUGACAAAAACAAACAUAAAACUUUCGGUACGUAAAUUAAUUUUCCAAGUACUCGAAAUUGGUACGAUGUGCUGUUUUUUGAUCAGGAAAGUGGCAUUUUUAAUCAA